AUGGAACAGUAUCCUCAAACGGAUAGUAAGAUAGAAUUAGAGGUUGUGGGGAGUGAUGGUCGUCCCAUCAUAUGUCGCCCCAUUGACGUGAAUGAAUUACUCAACACAGAAGGAAAUAGUGUUGAACUGGGAGACGGAGUUCGUGUGCGAUUAGAGGAAUACGGUGAGGAAACCACAUCUACAUCCGAAGAUGAUAGUGAUAAUAGUGAUAAUAGUGAUUAUGAUGAUGAUGAGGUUAAACUUGGGGAAGUUGGACCAACCGAUAAUGAUGGAAGUAGUGAAAAGACAGAUGAGAUGCACACACUGCCGGGAUAUCACACCUUAAAAACAUGGGAUGAUGUAGUGGCGGCUGCACAAAGUCAAAGUCGAAGUGGAAGUUCAUCAUCAUCACCGUUAGGACUACAAAGAAGAAGAUCAGCCCCUACAGUGAGUCCAACACGUGAAGAAGAAAAGUUAUCACAACAGAGACAAGUUCGAAAGUCUAUUUCCCGUCGUGAUUUAUGGGCUUCUUUUGCACCUCCUGCAGAUAAAGGAAGAAACUACUCUAUAUUGCAUUCUGUAAGAGUUAUGCCAAAUCCAACAUCUAGACGAUUUCGUCUUCCACCUCUUAUGUAUCAUGCUACUACAUCCUUUAUUCAUCCAGUAGAUCAAGGUCAACGUAUUUUAGUAUAUGGUGGAACUACAAAUCUAGGGAAAUGUGUUGAGAAUGAAUUGUAUGAAUUUUCAUUACUUACAGGUCAUUGGAGACGUAUAGAAGGUAAACAAUUUAUUUCUCCAGGUAAUUAUGGUCAUACCGCAGUGGUGGUAGAUAGUUAUCAUCGUCUCAUGAUAAUAGGUGGAGUUGGUCCAACUGGUCAAUCUAUUCCAAAAGAAUUUCUUAAUGAUGAUGAAAAUUGUAGAAUACGAUCAAAUAUUCUUUUUCCUUAUAAAGGAAAUGUAAAAGUAAAACGAUUGACUUCCAUGCAGAAGGAUGAUAUGGAAAAAGAAAAACCAACACUUUGGUCUUUAGCUCAUAGAUAUGAAGAAGGAAUGCCGAUUGGAUUUAUGUCCAUGUUAUUUGAUAUGGAUUUAAAAACUAAUCGAUGGCGUGCAAUACAAACAGUACCUGAACUUCCCGUUGCUUUUCAUACAGCUGUUGUAAGAGAUUGUAAUGUUUAUGUUUUUGGAGGUAUUACCAAUCGAUUAUUGGUUUCAGCACAACUCAUUGGUAUUCAUGCGGAAACGUACAGUAUUUCUUUAAUUCGUCCUACUGGACCUUCACCUCAAGCACGAUAUUUACAUAGUGCUGUGGUUUAUGGUCAUUGGAUUAUUAUUUACGGAGGAUUUAAUGUACAAAAUGAACCAUUAAAUGAUGUUUGGGCAUUUGAUAUAUUAAAUGAACGUUGGGAAGAAUUAAAAUGUCAUGAUGCCCCAACACGAGGUGCACAUGCGGCAUGUAUUGUAGGUUCACGUUUAAUCAUUAUAGGAGGUUUUGAUACUUCUAUUAGUGAUGAACAAUUAGAACCUACGAAUACUAUUUUUGAACUUCAAUUAGUUCCAACACAUUCCAAUCAAUAUUUAUGGAAAAAACUGCAUGUAAAACCUAUGAUACCACCAUUAGCAUUUGCAACUGCCUGUUCUUGUGCAGAUGGGGAUUCUUUCAUAUUAUACGGUGGGUGUACGAUAAUUUCAAAAUAUACAAAGAAACAACAACAUGAAGAAGAUCUUCAAAGAAUAAAGGGAACAGUUUCGCGUAAACGAAUUACCGGUGUUCAUGAGAAACAAGAAAAAGAAGAAGAAGAAACUGAUGAUGAUGAUGAUGAUAUGAAUAAUAAUAAUGAUGAUAAUCAUGAUGGUGUUAAAAGUUUAUGGAAACGAUUGGUUCCUUUUGGUGAUGGAUUUGCAUUUACAUUUCCAAUGAAGAAGAAACCAACUCUUUCUUCUUAUGAUGAUGGUGUAACGCAUGUGAAUGCGUUGGGAGUUGCAAUAGAUCCAGAAGAAAUGCCACCAGGGUUUAAAGCAUUUGUACGUCGACAACAGGAUUUUAUUCUUAAAAGAGAUGCAAAUCGUGCGGAAACAAUGAAGAAAACAACUCUUAACGAAUUAGAGAAUAUGGAACCUCAUUUUUAUUUAACACCAGAAGAGAUUGAAUUGUUAUUAAAGAAAAGUGAUGACAUGUGUGAGAGUUUUACAGUUUACAAAAUGGAAAUGUUACCACAAAACACCCCUGAUCGAGAAACUCGUAUAAAGAUUAAUGAGGAAUGUAUUUCGCUCAGUCGUCAAGUACGAGAUAUUCUCAAGUCUAUGAAAGGACAUGAAGUUAACGUGACGGCAGUAAAAUCAAAAACACAUCGAAAAAGAACAGGAGAAAAGUUUGAAGAUCAUUCUGCUGCUAAACCCUUCCGUCGAGUGGUGGUUUUAAAUCUCGUAAAGGAGGUAAAAAGACAACUUAAACACAUACGUGUUAUGAAUAAAGCUUUAAAAACUAUUGAAUGGGCAGAAAAAGGAGAAUAUAUUGAAGUUGUUCAUGAAAUGCAAAGGAAAGUGGAUGAUUUUACUCAAGGUGUAAAGGAUGUAAUGGAAAAAUAUAUUGAACAUCGUAUAGAGACUCUCAUGACAUCUGCAGAAAAACGUAAAGAUAAUAUACGGCGUUUAAAAGAAAUUGUUGAAAAGAACAGACAUGACGCUAUUUUUCAAAGUAAUACACCUGAUCCUCAACGUGAACGCGUUAAACAAAUGUGGCAAAAGGGAGAAACACAAAAAGUUAAAAAUGAAUCUUCUUAUUCAUCUAGAUCACGUAGUUCUCAUCAUUCUAGUCAUCAUCGCUCUCGAUCUACUGGAGCUGGAUAUUAUAAAGAUGAAGAUCAAGCUUUAAUUUCGUUAUUUCCAAAGGAACAGGAACAAUUACUAAAAAAAGCUUGUUUAGUACAAAAAUGUGCUACCUCAUUUGGUAAUUAUUGUCGAUCUAAAAUAUCAUCUCUACAUGGACAGGAGAAUUCACAACAACAACAACAACAACAACAAUCUCAACCUACUAAUGAUAAUAAUGGAGGAUUAACUGUUGCUAUUACUUAUUCUUCUUCUUCUCCUCCUCCUAUUCCUCUUAUUGUUCCCACACUACCUUCUCCCUCUACGACGACUCCUAUGAUUGUGGAUGGAGCAACAGGUGGUACAGAGACACAAUUGGGUGGAGCUUCACAAAGUUCACUUGUCAUUCGUAACUCAGAUAAUAUUCGACAGAAGGGAGCUGAUCUUGCUGAUCAUAUACGUAAUUGCAUAACGGAAUUCGUAAAGAAUAUGGAAACUCCCUCAGGGGAAAUGGGAAAUGCAAAUUCCAACAGAAAUGUUAUUGGUAAAGAUGGAAAAGGAGAGAUAAUAUUACGUCUUUCUUUCCUUCGUCCUCUUAUAACUUGUAAAGAAAAAUUGGUACAACUUAAAGAAAAGAUACCUGGUAUUCGGGUAAAUGAUUGGGCUAAAGAUAAUCUUGCAGGAGCUCCACAAGAUGAAGAGGCAGAAAAACGUUUCUUAUUACUUAUGAAAUCCUUAUCUGCACUUGUUCAACGUGUUACAAUGAGUUUUUUAACUAAAGCAGGAUCGAGAGUAUCUCAAGCAGCUGUACAUACACAUGUACCAAAGUCUGUUACUACUACUACUACUACUACUACUACUACUACUACUACUACUACUACUAGGGCAGCCUCUCCUUCAUUUGCUGUGACUCCUUUAACAGUAUCAGACGGGGUCUCACCUUCUUCAUCGUUUAAGGAACGAAGAGGGGUAAGAAUGAUUCAUUUAACACAUUCUGAUGGUUACUCCCCACUGGAUGAAUCUAGUGAAACUACAACUACUACUGCGGCACUAACCCCAUCAUCAACACAAGAACAACAACAGCAACAAUAUCCAUCUGUUAUGUUUGAACCUCUUUCUCUUCCAGUUUAUCCUUCUGAUACAUCUGUGCUUCCAGUAAAAGAUGUAAAACGAGAUAUACCUAAGCCUAUUUCUUUAACUUCAAGUGAGGCAAAGGCAUUAGCGCCUUCAUUUCCUAACACUACACCUAUUAAUAAAGAAGGUGUAAUUGUUCCUUCUUCAAGUGAGAUCAAAGUCAUUCCAAAUAAACCACUGCCUUUUGCUUCAGAUAUACAGAAUCUAAGUUAUCCAAAUGUUGGUAUUACAGCUACUUCAGCACCUAUUCAAACCGCACGUAUUACUGUUUCUCAGGGUCCUAACAUUAUUUCAACAGCUUUGGGAAGUGAAGUACCACCAUUUCAGGAUUUUUUCAGUUUAUCGCAAGUACGUGGGAACUCGGAGAUGGAAAAAACUACUGCCCCAGGAAUGGUAAGUGUGAAUCCAGGAUUUUUCCACAUGGGUGCUGAACCCUGCGAAGCGGCUCAUCCAGAAAAUGAUAAUGCCGCCACAUUUCAUCAUGCAGCCGAUCUUGAGGAUGAUUACUUUUUCUUUGGUCGUCGUGGUCUUGCAGUGAAGGAAGCUGCUGCACCUUCCCCAACCAGGGAUAUCCCCAAACGGCAAGUUGUAGGCGUGGAAUCUUUUCCAAUAAGUAAUGUAAAUAAUGUGAAGAUAUCACCGCCUGUUGGGACUCCCGCAGCCGCAGCGACAACAACAGCCGCACAAGCAGAAGUUGUUACUCGCCGUGUGGCUGCCAGUUUACCAUCAACUCGUCGUUCUCGUAGUGUACGUGGUGCUGCAGUGGAAGUGGAUACAAAGCCAAUGGCUGGUCGAAUGUUUCGUGGGAAAUUAACACCGGGUGAGGCGCAAAUAUUACAGGCAAGGGAACGACUCCGUACAGGGUCAUCACGUUGA